GUAGAAGGCAUCUCCGUCCACCUCACUGCUACAUCUCUCACUCGCUCCGCCUGUGAACCCGGUUCCGGUUAUUUUAAACGUAGUCUGGCAUUCACCUCAUCCGCCAAGCGGCUUCCCUUGCUUGCUUUUCCGCAUCCUCGUCUCGUCUCCGUCUCGUCUCUCAGUAUCGCACAUCGCCAUCAAAAUGGCCGCUCUCCGCUCUUCGUCCGCCCGUGUCUUCGCCGCUGCCUCCCGGCCGGCCUUCCGCCCCGUCCUCGCCGCCCGCGGCAUGGCCAACCUUGCCGACGGUGCUACCCAGAGCCAGCAGGCCUCUUCGGAGCAGAGCCCCAAGCUCAAGACCUUCCAGAUCUAUCGCUGGAACCCCGACACCCCGACCGAGAAGCCGCGCAUGCAGAGCUACACCCUCGACCUCAACAAGACCGGUCCCAUGGUGCUCGACGCCCUUGUCCGCAUCAAGAAUGAGCUCGACCCUACCCUUACCUUCCGCCGCUCGUGCCGUGAGGGUAUCUGCGGUUCCUGCGCCAUGAACAUCAACGGCACCAACACCCUCGCCUGCUUGUGCCGCAUUCCCGCCGACAACAGCGCUGAGAUGAAGAUCUACCCCCUUCCUCACACCUACGUCGUCAAGGAUCUCGUCCCCGAUCUUACCCUCUUCUACAAGCAGUACAAGUCCAUCAAGCCCUACCUCCAGAGGGACACUCCCUCCCCUGAUGGCAAGGAGUAUCGCCAGUCCAAGGCCGACCGCAAGAAGCUUGAUGGCCUCUACGAGUGCAUUCUUUGCGCCUGCUGCUCUACCUCGUGCCCCUCCUACUGGUGGAACUCCGAGGAGUACCUCGGCCCCGCUAUCCUCCUCCAGUCUUACCGCUGGCUCGCCGAUUCCCGUGACGAGCGCACCGCCGAGCGCAAGGACGCCCUCAACAACUCCAUGAGCUUGUACCGCUGCCACACCAUUCUCAACUGCACCCGCACCUGCCCCAAGGGUCUCAACCCCGGUCUCGCCAUUGCCAACAUCAAGAAGGAGCUUGCCUUCUAAUUGCGUCAACUACGACAAUGCGAUUUACUCUGGGCGGAUCAGAAAAGCGAAUACGUCGAGGAGAGAGCACCGCGCGGAUGUGGCGGGAAACUUGCUCUUGACUAGCGAGAAUGGUGGCGGGUGGCUCGGGAAGAUCCGGGCACGGUACAUGUAACGAACCUGUACCCUGUCUUGUGCAUGGCUGGAGUUUACUAUUGUCACAGUAACAGCAAUACGAAAUUGGUUUUUUUUUUGUCAAAUACACCUUUUUCUAUAUCCUUUGGGGGCCCUAUCCGAUAGCCAGAGCAAUGCGGCAUUGGAAGCACUGGCUAGAGGCUUUAUUUUGGAUGAGGUAUAUGUUGAAUUAAUCAGGCGUCAAAAUAGCGAACACACAACUGCAUUUGCAAC